AUGCGAGAAGAAAUAUUUUCCAUCAUCGUUCUAUUCAUCAUCAUUGGUACGCCGUUUUGUGGCGCCCAAGAGUGCGAAUUCAAAGAAAAAACUUAUAUAUGUGAAAAUAUCAACUACGAGUUUCCCAACUUUUUUUACGGAAACUACCCGCUCAGAUGCCAGGAUUGCCAAAUUCAAGUGUUCGACCACAAGAGUUUUCCUUGGGAGAAUAAUUUGAACAGCUUCAAUUUGAGUUUUACCGGUUUGGAAUUUAUUGGGCAAAAUAGUUUUGUUGGUUUUAAGAAUUUGCAAUAUUUGUUGUUGCAAAAUAAUUUGAUUAAAAAUAUUUCCAAAGAGGCUUUUAAAGGUUUGAAUCAGUUGUAUGAAUUGAAUUUACAAGAAAAUAAAAUCAGAAUUAUUGAGGCAGGAUUUUUGAAAGGUUUGUCUAGUAAUUUGGUGAAUAUUUCUGGAAAUUUUUUGGAAAUUUUACCUGAAAAAGCUUUUUUUGGCUCGCAAGCUUUAUUAAUUUUAGAUUUAAGUAAAAAUAAAUUAAAACAACUAAAUAAAGAUUCAUUUUUUAACUUAGAAGAAUUAGAACACUUAGAUUUGAGCUCCAAUCAAUUAUGUUUUAUGCCUCUAGGAUUGUUUAAACAUUUAAGAGGUUUGAAACAAUUAAAUUUAAGCCAAAAUAAGUUUAAAAAAUUCAACUUUGGUACUUUUACAGGCCUUAAAAAUUUAAUUUAUUUAAAUUUAAAUAAAAACUUAUUAACUUUGUUUGAUUCUAGCUAUUUGCUACCUCUAAUGCACUUGAAUAAAUUAGAUUUAAGCAGCAACGCCAUUUAUAAUUUAGACGCAAAUGAUUUAAUGUUAAAUUUACCAACUUUAAGGGCUAUUGUUUUGGAAGAUAACGUAUUUUCUUGUACUCUAUUGAAAAAUAUUUUACAAUUUUUCAAAUCAAAAUACGUAGAAGUAGUAAAUGAUAAUCCAAGAUAUGAAUUUUUUAAUAUUAAUGGUAUUGCUUGUAUUGAUGGCGUCAUAUUGAACAGCAUUUCCUUGGAUUAUUUCCUGAAAAAAUCCCAAGAAGAUGCUCAAUUGUUACACACUUAUUGUCAAUAA